AAUUUAUAUGUUAUUUUCUUGCACCACAAACACUAUACCAAACGAUGCGCCUGUCGAUAGUCCGACGAUAAAUAUCGCCCAACAACAGCUGUUGCUGCUGUGUUUUGUUUAUAAACGUUUUCGGUGGCUUUUACAUUAUUGCAACGACGCCAUGGAUGCGAAGAAAAUCUCUUUUGGUUUUAGUAAGAUUACUAAAAAACCACUUAUCUUGGCCACGAAGGCGGUCCACGAGGCGAACAAAGUGGAACUGAUAAAAUGCCUUGAGGGCAAAGAAAUCAAACUUGUGGCCGAAAAGCAGGAUGCAACUCCAUUGGUAAUAGCCAUGCCAACAAAUCAAAAGACUUCAUCGGCCAUAGCAAGUCUUAUGAAAAGGCGCGCAGUACUUCUCGGCGAGGAGGAUGAGGAGCCUGAAGAGACGACAGCAGAACCACAAUCAAUAGCUCAGGUUACAGCCAGUGCCAAUGGAAGUUUAGAAGAAAGAGCAGCUCGAGAAUUACUUGCCGCAGCCUUAACAAAUGACAAUGAAAAUUUGGACAACGGCAAUCUUGUUCUUCCAGCGCUGAAGGCCGAUGAGUUGCCACUAGAUGGAGCAAAAGAGUCCUCCAUAGAUGAUUACGAAUCGAUACCCAUACAACAUUUUGGGUUAGCCAUGUUGCGCGGCAUGGGUUGGGUGGAUCCACCGCCAAAAAAAAAGGGAACUUUGCCCGCUGACGAUGCGCCUUUUCUACGGCCCAAGGGCAUGGGAUUGGGUGCGGACAAGGCCCUUAAGUCUGCUAAAACUCUUUUGGUCCAGCCGGAGACAAACGAAGUUUUGGAGAUAAAAAAGAAAGCCUUUGUGCGCAUAUUAGGAGGAAAGCAGAAGGAUCAAUAUGGACAAAUUGAGGGCUUCGACGAUCAUGCAGGGCGUGUCAUUGUGAAAAUGGCUAUUGGUGGUGCUCAGGAGACCUUCAACGAGUUUCUCUGUCAGCCGGUGUCAAAGAAGGAAUUUGCACAGUACGGAAAAUGCAUUAAUACUGCAAAGUAUGAGAAGUAUAAAAAACAUGAAAAUGAGCAUGGCCAAAUCAUUGUUAAACAAGAACCAAUAUCCACGAAUAAAACUGAGCGUAUUGAUCGAAAAGCUUACAAAACAGAAGAACGCUCGGAUUAUAAAAGGGAUGCCCCAAAAUUCAGCAGCUCCACCAGCAACAGUCGUUACAGUGAUCGCGAUCAAGAAUCGCGGUGCAGUAGCACUUCACAACAAUCAAGUUCCCAAGCUCGGUAUAGGGAGGACCGUGGCCGAAGGAGUUGUGAACGGCGACGCUCACGUUCUCCUGCCAAGCCAAGCAGCAGUAGUAAUGCAAGCCGGCGUCAGCAAAGCAGCUCUGACGAAGCUGAGGAUACGGGCGAAUCAACAGAAAGUGAUUCGGAUUCGGCAUAUGAGCGCAAACAUAAAAAAAAGUCUAGCAGUAGUAGAUCUAAGAAAAAAAAGUCAAAGAAACCCAAAAGCAAGUUACACCGUCAUCGUCGUAAUAGUGAUGAUUCCAGCAGUGAACACAGCGUGUCCUACGAGGAUGAGCGAUCAAAGCACAGAAACAAGCACAAGAAGAAAACAAAGAAGAGUAAGCAUGCACGCUCCAGGACGCGAUCAAGGUCGCGAGAACGCGGUCGUGGCAGAUAGUAGUGAAUAAAACUUGUCACAGUUUUCUUUCAUUUCAAAACUUUAUGUAUUUUAAAUUAAAAUAUCAUUAGACUCUUAAGUUUUUAUCUUACGUGGGAUUAUCAUUAAAUUUCAAUUAACUCACAAAUUAA